UCUAUAAUAAUGGAAUAGAAUCGGGCGCACAUCCACGGUCCAUACGCCAUCUCUCCUCUCCCAGACGCUCCGCCAAACUCACGGUCACCCACCGUCUCUCUCUCAACUCUUCUACACAAAGCCUCUGUCUCAGCCUCUCUUUCCUUCGACGCUUCGACCCUCUCUCUGAGUCUCAAAUUCUCAGCUGACGAAUUUCAGCCCAUCGCGGUUUUCCCUCAAACUAGAAGGACGGAGCGGGAACGCAAUCCAUCUGCUAUUUCUUUCUUCUUCUUGUCUUCUUCGACCUGGUAGUGUUAUUAGGAAGGGCAAGGUAACGACUGUUGAAUCAGCGAUGGCUUCUUCGAGUAAAUCACUGAAAGAGUAUUUGAAACGAUAUGAAGGGAUUAAUGAAGAAGAGAAGAAGAAAAAGAAGAAGAAGAAGCAGAAAAGCAAGUCAGAAGCAAUGGGGUUUUUAGUGGUGGAUGAAGACCCUACGUGGCAGAAACCGGUGAAUCUUGAGGAAGAUAAUGACAACAAUUCAACAGAUGAAGACAAACCUUUUGUUGAUGAGGACAUUGAGAUUAAGAGGAUGAGGAGACUUGAAGCAUUGAGGGCCAAGCGUCCAUUUAAUGCCAUAUCUGAAGAUGGAAGUGGUUGGGUUCCAGUUGGACAAUCAUCGCCUCCUAAGAUUUCAAGCUCUGAUAUAUCUCCACCUCGUAGACAGAGGAUUAAUUCGGAACCUGGAUCAAUGUCUCCGGGAGAUAGGGGAGAAGAUGUUGACUUGUCACCUCCACGGCAGAGACGGAAGCGCCACCACACUCCAUCCCCUGAACCGGCAACAAAUCAAGAUCAGUUGCCUACAGACCUUUCACCCACAAGGAAAAGUAGGAAUGUUGAUUCAGAUCUUUCUCCACCAAGGAAGAGUAGGAAGGAUGUCGAUAGAGAUCUUUCUCCACCAAGGAAGAGUAGGAAGGAUGUCGAUAGAGAUCUUUCUCCACCAAGGAAGAGUAGGAAGGAUGUCGAUAGAGAUCUUUCUCCACCAAGGAAGAGUAGGAAGGAUGUCGAUAGAGAUCUUUCUCCACCAAGGAAGAGUAGGAAGGAUGUCGAUAGAGAUCUUUCUCCACCAAGGAAGAGUAGGAAGGAUGUCGAUAGAGAUCUUUCUCCACCAAGGAAGAGUAGGAAGGACGUUGAUCUUUCUCCACCGAGGAAAAAGAAGCAAGUUCCUCCGGAUUCUUUGAAAGAGCAACCGAAAGUUGGUUUGAUCUCUGGCCGAGAAAUGAGGGACGAGAUCACGAGAACUAAGAAGGAUGAGCGGUUAAGAUUUCAACAGAUGGAUCCUUCUAUAAGUGGGAGGGAGGCAGUGCCUGUAUAUCGUGAUAAGAAAACAGGGGAGCGCAUUUCAAAGGAGGAGCUUUUGAAAUCACAAAGGAAAGUAGAAGAAAAACCAAAGGAGAUAAAGUUGGAAUGGGGUAAAGGCUUGGCGCAAAAGCGGGAAGCUGAAACUAACCUGGAGGAGUUAGAACUUGAGAAGGAGAAACCUUUUGCACGGACGAGAGAUGAUCCAGACCUCGACAAAAUGUUGAAGGAGAGAGUAAGAUGGGGCGAUCCUAUGGCACAUUUGGUAAAGAAGAAGUAUUCCGAGCCAGUUCUCCCUGACUUGGGGGAUAGCGAGAAAAUGAAGGAAUCUGGAUUUAUUAUUCCUCAGGAGAUUCCUAAUCAUAGCUGGUUAAAAAGAGGACUAGAUGCUGCACCAAAUCGAUAUGGUAUAAGACCAGGAAGACAUUGGGAUGGAAUUGAUCGCAGUAAUGGAUUUGAGAAGGGAAUGUUUAAAAGGAAGAAUGAUAAACAAGCUACGGAGGCGGAAGCUUAUCUUUGGUCUGUGGCAGAUAUGUGACAUGUACUGAGUAAGGAACCCAUGUACUUGUAUCUCUAUGGAAAGAGGCAUAUGGAGUAUUUGCUUUUAUACUAAUUGUUGAUGAAUAUAAUACAAGUCUUGAGUUUCCUAUUGCUUU